AUGACCGAACCUUCCCGCCCCGGCCUUCAGCCGGUUUCCCAUCUCAAGGCUGGGCCGACAACCUCCAGCUCGAGAUCCACCGCGCUGCCAUCCCCGACCACGCUUCAGCCUCCAUCGCGUCCUUCCUCCCGACUGCGCACCAAAAAAACCACAAGCAAAGAGGAAAUAGACUCAACUGGCGACAAAGCUACCGCCGCCCUCAUUCGACGCGUUCUUUGUCCUCAGAACGGCAGUUAUGGAGCGUCUUCCCCACAGCCUCCGGAAGAGCUGUUACCUCCCCUCACGAGCUCCAAUGACGUCGAUCGUCAACUCUACGCCCUUCUCGCCAUUGUAAUAAAAGAAUUCGUCUAUACGUGGUACUCGAAGAUUACCUCUGACCAGGCUUUGGUGAAUGAGGUCCUUCAGGUGAUCGCGCAUUGCACGCGUGCCCUUGAGCAAAGACUGCGCCAAAUCGAUGUUGCACAGUUGGCCCUGGAUGAAAUCCCCAUGCUUGUGGAAGCACAUGUACACUCAUACAGACUGGCCAGGAAACAGUCACAUCUUUCUGGUUUGCCCACGUCGUACCGCACACUCUACCAUGAGCUGAACCCGCAUCCUGGUCUAUCGCCAGUGCCAGAUGCGACAGAUCCAGACACGCUUGUGGAGCAGAGCGAGAACGAAGCAGCCUAUCGCCGGCUACUAGCCAAUGGCAGCCUCGCCGUUCUUCUUCCCAGCGAGGAUCUCGAGAACAGCAGUCUCCGAGCUUUGGUAGCCGAUGUCAUAGCUGACCUCAUCCUGGGUAAUCAAAUUAGCGGGCGGGCAUGCGAAGGAUGGUUCAUUUGGGAAACUAUAGCCAAACUCGCCGCUAGAUUGGAGAAGCCUCAAACGGAUGACACCAAGUCUGCUCCGGACUCUCAAAUAAACCGAUUGGAGAAGUUUGGCUUACUCUCGACCGAGGACAAGGUCCAGCCUUCGGCGUCAUUUCCAGCCACCGCCUGGAUAUGGAACGUUCUGCAAACCAUCUACAUUGGUUACGUCGCCUUGCGUUUCAUUGCGAUAGGUCUCUUCCGCGUCGCAUCGAGUCCAGGCCCCUCGCACGGUGUCGGUGUCUCAGUUGCCCCAACGGCACUCGAGGACCAAAAGGGCGGGGGGAUGGCUUCGAAGGACGUCACCAAUAAGCGCCCAGUACUCGACUAUCGGGUGUAUUCUAUGGCCUCGCAGAUACUUCGGAUCUCUCGUCGAAUGCCAUGGCUGAGUGGAAUGCUCGCUCUCUUCCAACAUCUUAUUCUGGCAGGCCCAGGCAGGGUCGGUGGAACGGACGGAAUUCUUGAUAGAUUCCUUCGAGAGACCAUUGAGGAGUACGUGCUCACCCCCACUUUGUUGCCCAACCUUCUUCUCGCAACAAGAACCGCGUUGUUUCCAGCCAAUGCUCGUCCAUCUCAGGCCGUGGACACUGGACCUUCAAAUCCGCGGUCUGUGCAGACGUCCAGUCAGAAAGCCGCCUCACCGGCACUUGAUGCUCCCUUAAUGGAAGGAGUCAGGGAUUCUCAGUCACUUGGUAAGAAUGAUCCCAGGCCCGGCGGCAACAGUAGUGGUCCAACAGCGCCAGUGUCGCUUGCUCCUGUCGCAGUCGAAGUCCCAUCAUUGGAUAAGCCGACCGAAACAGAAAAGCAAGCCCGUCCAUCGCAAGCAGAGAUCGCCGCUAUCAAGCGGCGAUGUGCAGCUAGCCUCGUCGCUUUGAUACCACGCACCGUCGCACGUACUUUCUUUGGUGUCGCCUCCUCGGCAUCUCCGCCGCCCUAUAGCUGGGAUGGUACCUGCAGCACCGACAACUCGCCCUGUCUUGCCACCCCUUCCCCACCUUCUAUCGCCGAGGAUGCGUCCUGGUCCCAGGGGGCUGAUCCGCAUUCGCCAUCGCAUUCCGCGAUAUCGACCCGUCCCGACGUGGGGAGCGGCUACGUUCCCGCUAACCCGCUGCGCACAGACGAACAACCCGUCGAGAUCGAUCUUGAAGCGCUUGAUCUCAUAUCAGCAGUAGAGACUGAUCUUCUCGAUGUCUUUGCCGAUGAAUACUGUAAUAAGCACUUAGUAUACUCUAUUAUCGAGGUGGUCCUGUCCAAGGUCCUUCCUGAAAUGGCCGAGCGCAGUGUCGAGGACUUGAUGGAAGAUCGCGGGGUGGCAUCCGUGCCACCUGCUUUUUAA